AUGGCGUCUUCCCUAAAAGCCCCAGAGCCGUUCUCUUUCUCGUUCCCAAAUCUCGCCACCGAGUGGAAAAUGUGGCAGCGUCAGUUCGAGUACUACCUGUUGGCCACUCGAAAAAUCAAGCCCGUGCUAGACAAGUUUGACAGCCAUUUCGAACCGCUUAAAAGUGAAGUCUUCGAACGGUUUAAGUUAUUGCGUCGCCAUCAGCAGCCAGGGGAAUCCUUUGACUCUUGGAUAGUGUGCCUCAGAGGCAUAUUGAAAGGAUGUAACUAUGGAACGUCGGUUGAGUCUGUCCUCCGCGACCAAGUAGUACUGGGUAUAGUAGAUACCCAAACACGGGAAAAGCUUCUGUUUGAAAAAUCGUUGGAUCUAGCGAAAGCAUGCGACAUUGUUCGGGCAUGCGAGGCAUCUCGUGCACAGCUAACGCAAAUGACAUCUGAUUUGACUAUUCGCCGGCCGGACGACUCGGUGAAUCGCCUGGCUGAAAAGGGUGUCAAAAAGAGUUCUAGCGCUGGUGAGGGGGCACGGCCGAAGACCUUUAGUGGAGGUGCAGCCCAGCAACUGGUCGACUGUAAGGGUUGUGGCCGGCAGCAUGCAAGAGGCCGAUGUCCAGCUCAAAAUGUCACGUGUUUCUCGUGUGGAGUUAACGGCCACUUCUCGCGGCGUUGCCCAAGUCGCCGACAGCAGGCCGGGUCUCGAGUACCAAUUGGUGCAUCUGCAUCCAGCAUGGGAGGCACGCCUGCUCAAAAAGGUACUAAAAUGCAGCUUCACUCCAUGGAAGGGGUGCUCAGCGAGGGAACAGAAGAGCACUCAGUGGAGGAGUAUGUGUUCCAUGAACUGCGCCAUGAGCGACGCGCGGCGGCGACAGUGAGCGAGUGGAGUGAAACCUUGUCAGUGGAUGGCGUCAGCAUAACCGUCAAACUCGAUUCCGGAGCCUCGUGCAACGUCCUUCCACAGGAAGUGUUUUAUCGUUUGCCGACCAGACGUCAACGCCUCCGCCCUGGACCUCGUCUUCGUCGCUAUGGGGACAAAAAUGGUUACUUAUCGGUUCUUGGAGUCCACACAGCAAAGGUGGUGGUCAAGGGCACUGUGCAUAUAGUGGACUUUGUAGUGGUGAAUGAACCGGUCUCUCGGCCUCCCGUUCCCGCAGUCGUCACGGAGUUUUUAGAUGUCUUCACGGGGCUGGGAAAACCUCCGAUUGAGCACGUCAUCAAGUUGAGUACGGGGAGUAACGCGGUGGAUCCGGUCGUCUCUCCCGCAGGGAGGAUUCCGUUCCGGUUGAAAGAACCGGUGUACCGGAAGCUUGACCAAAUGGUGGCGGACGGUAUCAUUGCUCCGGUGUCCGAGCCCACUGACUGGGUGAGCCGUAUGAUGGUUGUCAGCAAACCGGAUGGCGACGUUCGCAUCUGCAUCGACCCGUCUAGCUUAAACAAGGCUGUACUACGUCAACACUAUUCAAUUCCCACUGUCGAACAAUUAUUCGCCAAAAUUGGUAAAGCAAAGUUCUUCUGCAGCCUGGAUGCAGCGCAGGGUUUUUAUCAGAUUCCCCUGUCGGAGGAAUCGUCCUAUUUGUGCACCAUGGCAACCCCUCGGGGACGCUAUCGUUUUCUGCGCAUGCCCUUUGGCUUGAAGUCCGCGCCGGAAGUCUAUCUGCACACGAUGUCGGAGCUGUUUGGCGACCUCACAGGUGUUAUCACAUACUUUGAUGACUUCUUAGUCACGGGUGAAUCGAUGGAAGAGCUUCAGACCAACUUGCGCCAGGUCCUUACACGUUGCCGUCAGCACAACCUGAAGCUUCAAUUAAAGAAGUGCAAAUUCUUCCUAAAGGAGGUGCCUUGGCUGGGGCACGUAAUAGGGGAUGUUGUGGUAAAAGUGGACCCGUCGAAAGUGGAAGCAAUCGUUAAUAUGCCUGAACCCACAGAUAAGGCAGCCUUAGUCCGCCUACUGGGAAUGGCCACCUAUUUAGAUAAGUUUUGUCCGAACCUAGUGAGUUUGACGCGUUCCCUACGUGAUUUGUUGAAGGAGUCGUCCGCCUGGGUCUGGGAGGAACCACAGAGAGCCGCAUGGGUCAAGCUUAAGGAAGCCAUGUCAUCGCUUCCGGCCUUGCGGCGCUUCGAUUUAGACCUACCGGCGGUGCUAUCGGUGGACGCUUCACCAACGGGGCUCGGAGCCGUGUUGCUGCAAAACGGUCAGCCCGUAGCAUACUCAUCGACCUCCCUCACCCCAACACAACAGCGAUAUUGCCCAUUGGAGAAGGAGCUGCUUGCCGUGCAAUUUGGACUCAUGCGGUUUAAGCAGUACGUCUUUGGCCAGCAAGUCACGGUGGAGUCCGACCACAAACCACUCGUUGGCCUACUGGACAAGCAAGUAGCCGACUGCUCCCCUCGCAUCCAAAGGAUGCGCCUUCAGCUUCAAAGUUUUGACUUUUGUCUGGUGUAUAAGCCAGGAAAAGAACUCUUCAUCGCCGACACCCUCAGCAGAGCUCAUUUGCCUGUGUUGUUUACAGAUGACGCCAUGGAGGAUUGUCAAGAACAAGUUCAUGCCGUUUUAGACCAUGUCAUCUCUCUCCAGGAUACGCGAUCUCGUUACAGUCAAGCCACUGACGAGGAUCCAGCUUUGAAAAUAGUCAAGGAAAUGCUGUUGACGGACUGGCCCGACAAAAAGAGACACUGUCCACUCCCGGCCCGGCCGUAUUGA